AUGGCCGAACCGAUUCCCGCGGCGUCCUCAGCCGCAGAUGCUGCCGACGACGAAACAUCCCAAAAUCUCCCCAACAAUGCCGAAGACCGCAAGGCCGCGGCGGCCCUUAACUCCUUGAACGCAAAUGACAUGUCACAAGAGAAUGGGGAGGCAGCUGCCAAACAACCGUCAGCGGCGGACCAAGAGGCCCUGGGCAAAGCUAUGUCCCGAUUAGAGAUUGCAAGCGGCCUCGUCAAGAAGAAAAGCGACACCAAGAAAGCGGAAGCGAAGAAAGAGGUGGAAGCCAAGAAAAAGGUCAAGAUUGCUGCGGAAGAUGUCACUUUCCUGGUCGAGGAAUUGGAUUUGUCCAAGCCGAAAGCGACGGACCUCCUACGGUCGCAUGAUGGCAACGCCAUGCAGGCUAUCAAAAGUUUCUUGACGCCACAGAUCCGAGUGUAA